GUUGAAAAAGAGAGUGGUGGACCUGCAGCGCUGUAGAAAGUGAGACAGACAGAGAGAAGCAGCAGAGACAAACAAACCACACUCAGCCAACCUGACAGUAACCUUCUCUAACAACACACACACACACACACACACACGCAUAGACAAGCAGGUAAGAAGAGAAGUGGACCUGCAACUUAUCAGACUCACUGAUUCAUACACUCACUCACACACUCAGCCAGAAGAGCAGCAGCAGCAGCAGCAGCAGCAUGUUUCAGUGGAGGCUCCCCAAGGCAGUGUGUGUGCUGUCAGCAUGUGUGUGUCUGGUUCUCGCAUAUGGGGAGGAUGAUAUUGAGGUCAACUACGCCGACACCUACUACAAUGAAAUCACAGAUGGAGACACGCCAGAACCCACACUAAGCCCAGCCCCCUGCGGUUCUCCAGACCUGACCAAAUGGGACAAAAUCUUCUCGAUGCUGGAGAACAGUCAGAUGAGGGAGAACAUGUUGCUUCAGUACGCGGAUGACAUCAUCAAGGUGGAGAUGGGGUCACUGCGCGGAGAAAUGCUCAGGUUUGUAGCCCAGUAUGGUGGCUCCUGUGGGGUUGCAGUGGAAACAGCGGGAAGAAGGAUGGCCUUGCAGCUGGAGGGCCGCCUCAGAGAGACCCUGGAGCGCAUCAGACCCAGAGAUCACACUUCUGCUGCUGCUGCUUCUGGGAGUCCUGUCGGGAAUUCAAUCCACCUGGAGGCGAUGCUACAGCAGCUCCUCUCUGCAGCACGAACACAAGCUUCCCGACUCGCCAAGCUGGAGAGCAGUUGCUUCAGCAGCCAAGGAGUUGGGAUGAGGAUGAAUUCAAAGACAGGAUCCCAGCUUACAGAAGGUGGAGGGGCUGGGAACCGGGAGCAAGAGGUCACAUCACGAGAGGUGGCUUUAGACGGAGUGCUGGCUGCGCUGCAACAGGCGAGGGUGGGACUGGAGGAGGUGCUGAGGUCAUCGAGGCAAAGAUACUUACCCGCAGGUUGUGAGAUGGCGCUCCUCUUUCCCAUGCGUUCCCGCCGAAUCUACACCUCCGUCACACCCGAUGUCCCUCUCUCCCUCUCUUCCUUCACUGUCUGUAUGUGGGUGAAGCCGACCGCUGUCUCCAACAGAACCGUGCUGUUCUCCUACGGAAACCGCCGCAACCCGUAUGAGAUCCAGCUGUUGCUCAGUCAAACCUCUGCGCUCUUCACCAUCGGAGGAGAGGCACACCUGGUGGAGGCACGGGGCGUGUUGAACCCAGGAGGCACGUCAGAGUGGAUCCACAUGUGUGGGGCUUGGUCAUCUGACCAGGGCCUUGCGUCCCUGUGGGCAGGCGGGAGAAAGGUGGCCUCCACACCCGGAGUGGCUGAGGGACACGUCUUACCCGACGGAGGCUCACUCCAGCUGGGGCAGGAAAGGAACGGCUGCUGCCCUCAGUCUCCGAGCAGCGAGAGUGGGGUGCCAGGGUUUGAGGGAGGGUUCGAUCCCAAGCAGGCGUUCGCAGGGAAGAUGACAGGGGUGAACAUGUGGGACAGGGUGCUGUCAGAGGAGGAGAUUUCCCAGCUGGCUUUGCGGGAAGGCCAGGGCUGCGAGCAGCGGGGGAACAUGGUGGCAUGGGGAGUGACGGAGAUGGUGCCACACGGAGGUGCUCAGUUCAUCAACUAACAGUUUCUUCCGCUUUGUGGUGGAAAUUGUCAUCAUCAUCAUCAUUAUCAUCAUCAUCAUCAUCAUCAUCAUCAUCAUCGUGAAUAUCAGCAACAUCGUAAUAAGCUUUCAUGCUAAAACCGGAGAGAACAACUUACAUUUUAUCAUCAUCAUUGUGUCUCUAUAGUUAAUUAUUACAUUAUUAUCAAAACUUCCAUCAUCCACAUUGCUAAUAUCAUGAACACUAAAGCUGCAAUGAACUUUACUGCGCACGUUCAAAUGAGAGAAAGCCAACGCUGUGAGAGACUGUAGUUUAUUUUUGUGACAUAACUUUUUGAACUGCGGCCAUAACACACACACACACACACACACACACACACACACACACACACACACACACACACACACACACACACACACACACACACACACCGCACAUUCAGUAUUCAGUAUAGAAAACUUACUGUAUUGUAGCAGGACAAAUGCUGCAAGCGGCAUUUACCAAAGACUUAAUUAGACUGCAAGAAAGACAAAAAGUCUAUUGUCAAAGUGAACGGGUUCUGAGCCAGCAAACAGAGUAAUCACCAGACAGCCAUGCAGGAAAGGGAAAUAAGAGGUCACAGACAAUUACAAGACCUUAUCUUGUAACUGUAGAGUGAUUUUUGUUUUAGAGCAGUAAUGCAUUUUCUCUCUUUCUAUCUAGAUUUGUACAGAAAUGGCAAGUGCAGUUAAUCGAUUAUCAAUACAAAGCCUGUUUAACAUUAAAAGAAUUAAAUAUUUGCUUUUCUUCCUUUGUAGUCUUGUAGGUACAAUGAAUAUUGACUGUCAUCUAUCCCCAUUACAACUGAAAGCAGAGGUACCAUACUAAUGUGUUAAUAAUGUGUUGUAAUAUAAUGUACAACACAUGAUGUAUGAAAUACCUGUGUGACUGAAAACUGCUGUACUUGCUUUCAUUUCAAGCAUUGCCAACUAGCAAUUUUUUUAGCGACUUAUUAUUUUAGUCUCAUAAUUUUCGUGGAUUUGUGAAAGCUUUUAAAGCAUUUCAAGAACUUACAUUUCCAAACUUAUAGUUAUCAAAGUGUUUACAUUCAUAUGAGUUAUAUAAUUCCAGUUCUGCUUUGUUAGUUUUUUUGUCAGUAGUUCUCAUUUAAUAUUAGGUUAAUAAAUGUGUCUUUUUUUGAUACUGCAUAAAGUAAUAAGAGUAAAACUGUUACUUUGUAAUGUGAGAUUGACAUUGUUUUUUUUUUUAUUUUAGAAAAGAAACUGAGGACAAUGUUUACACAAUCUAAUCUUCUAUGAACUAAGUUGUCUUGUAUUAUACUGUAAAUUGCUUGUGUUGUUCUUGUGAAAAAGUGAAACUGAAUGUAUUUUGUACAUAAAUAUAUUUUGCAUAACAUGACUGGAUGAAUGGAAAGUGAGGUAAGAAUAAACAUUUUGAGUUAUAGUGUA